GGCUCAUAGUGAGUAAAGAGUGAGAAAGAAAGAGCACAUUUGUAACCAUCACAAAAUUAAUCAGAAUUUUAUUAUCAGCAGCAAAUAUGUCUAAAUUUCACAAGAAAGCUUUAUUUGUGAGCUGUGAUUUAUGUGUGGAGGUGAAAACCCCGGCGCUGAAGACCUGCCUGAAGUGUGAAAUCUCAAUGUGUGCUCAGCAUCUGCAGACGCACCUGACCACUCCAGUUCUUCUGCAGACCCAUGCACUGACCAGCCCUGUGCAAGCAGGUUCCAGUGGUCAAAUAGCCAGCAAGUGCUCAGCUCACGGUAAGCUGGUGGAAUACUACUGCCUGGAUGACCAUGUGCUGGUGUGCAUGUCUUGCGCCAUCGAGAAAGGACAUCGGCUGCAUAACAUGAAGACGCUACCGACCGCUCACUUGGAGCUUGUGGAUAAACUAAAUGAAGAGAAGAAGACACUGGAACAGAGGAAGAAGCAGGCUAAGCAGCUGGAAAUGUGGCACAAAAACCAAACACAGGCUCUGGAGAGCUGCUUCCGUCAGCUGAUGGAGACUGAAUCAGCCCUGAAGGAUCUGGUUUUCAAACGUUUACAGACCUCAGUUUCAGCCAGACUCAGGGCUCUUCAGAUGGCUGAUGUAGCUGUGAGUUCGGCUCUAAAGGAAGAGGAUAAUUUCAACUUCUUGCAGAAAUUUGCAAGUGUACACAAAGCUAUAAUGGACGCUCGCAUAGUGGAUUUAAAAAAGGGCUUGGAGUCAGAACCUGACAGCAUGAAAUCAAUCAAAGAAAUCAGAAUGAACGUACAACAUAUUGAGAAGCAGGUGCAGAGACUCCAGAGAAAGUUUCUUGUUUUUGUCGACCCUGAAUUUCAUCCAUUUGCAGAGAAUGAACCAAAUGCAGUCUCAGAGCUGACCUUUGACCCCCAGACUUUAGGCCCCGGGAUGACACUGUCUAAAGAUCUCAAAACAUUGUUCUACAACUCAUCUGGCAUCCACAACUCACCAGCCCCAUUGAAAACCCAGACUGUUCGCUGCCAGCAAACAAAUAGAACAUGCAGUCUGCGCUGGUUUCUCAAUCUUUCUGAACAUUUUGAUUGGACCAUUGGCCUUUGUGACACCAACGCCAGAGAUGGGAACUAUGUAAAUGUAUUUGGACUGAAGAAAGAGAAUAGUCGUCUCUUAUCUUUACAAAAAGGAGGUGCGAGGGAACACUCUUCAGAUUAUUAUACCAGACAAAUACGGUGCCAUACAUUUGAGACACUGACAAUUUCUCAGGAAUUCCAUGUUACUGGUUCAUGGAAGGUAGAAGUAAUCUGGGACAAUUCUUCAAAUCUUCUAACCAUUUACAGCAGAAACAAACCAACAAAAGGAUUGUUACUGUGUAAGCUCACAGCAGACCGAUACACGCAAAAUCUUUGCCCGUUUAUUACUCUGGAACAUACAACUUCUACUCUACAAAACAGACCAAACCAGAGAGUGGAUCACAGGAUGUAUUGGGACCAACAAGGCAUGAAACAAGCUGACAAUUCAUUUACAGAAUUACUGUGUGUGCUCAAUAAAUAAUCAGUUAGAAAUAUAUAAAAAUGUAAAUGAAUAAAAUGCUGGAAGAGCAAACAUAAAACUAAUAUUACUGCAUUAGCUUAGUUUAGAUGAGAAUGAUAUUAAUACUGACUUCAGACUUCACGAUUUUCAAAGUAGUUGCAUUACAGAUGUUUUCACACUGCAUGACUAUAUGGGGUAGAAUUCUGUUGGGGCUGUGUUUAUGCUUUAAGAGUUUAUGCUUAAAGUUUACAUGACUUUAAGAAUCGCCGACAACUUUGUCUUGGUCCACAAACUACAUCUCACAACCAAACACAAGCAAGAAGUGACAUGGUAACACCGCAAGGUCACGUAUCUUUUGUUAUUAACUAUAUAAUGAGAAAGAGGCCUUUAAUGGGAUAGAAAAUGCACUUAUUUUGCUCACCUGGCUUUUGAAGGGAAUUAGCAUUUUCUUUUCAACUUUUUUUCUUUUUUGACUGCCAAAUUUCCACUAGAUCCAUUUCUUGGGUCCUAAUAGACUGGAAAUAAGCCCUUUUAACUUCUGCCCUAACCUCCCGCUGGCCUGCAGAUACCCAUACUAAUGGAUGCUGCUCUCGGCGUCGCAGUGGCGCAGUAGGUAGUGCUGUCGCCUCACAGCAAGAAGGUCGCUGGUUCGAGCCUUGGCUGGGUCAGUUGGCGUUUCUGUGUGGAGUUUGCAUGUUCUCCCUGCGUUCGCGUGGGUUUCCUCUGGGUGCUCUGGUCUCCCCCACAGUCCAAAGACAUGCGGUACAGGUGAAUUGGGUAGGCUAAAUUGUUCGUAGUGUAUGAGUGCGAAUGAGUGUGUGUGUGGAUGUUUCCCAGAGAUGGGUUGUGGCUGGAAGGGCAUCUGCUGCGUAAAAACGUGCUGUAUAAGUUGGCGGUUCAUUGUGCUGUGGCAACACCAGAUUAAUAAAGGGACUAAGCUGAAAAGAAAAUGAAUGAAUAAAUUAAUGGAUGCUGCUCUCUUAUUGGCUGAAGGUAAUCGCCAACGUUAUUUUUAAUCAGAAUACACUUCACAUGGCAUGAUUUGAGUCAUCAGCGAUUCUGUCAGAUCGCGUCUUUGAUAGUUCACACUACGUGAUUGUUACUGAUGUGAAUUUGCCUGUGAUUUCAGGCAUUUGUCUGCGAUUUCUCAAAACCUGUUAGCGAGUCAAAAUCAGGGCUAAAAUCAUGCAGUCUGAGCUCAGCAUAAGUCUGCAAAAAUACAUUCAGAUAAAUACAAGUUCAAACAAUUUCAGAAUAUUUUCAAAUUUGGGACAAUAAUAAAUAAAACAAACAAAAAUGACUAUUAAAUACUAAUUAUAAUAAUUAGUCUAGGUUUUAAGAAGACAAUGAAAUAAUACAAAAAUAACUGUCUAUAAAUAAUUGAUGAUUUUAAGCCUGCUUCAUUUCUUUGUCAACCAGAAUGUAAUAUCUCGGUUUUACAAUGUUAAGAAAUGUUGAGUAAUAUAUUUCUGUCAUGCAUAUGUUUAUCACUGUCAAGAAGUGUUACUGUAGAAACUCAUAACAGGCAUUCUGUCGUAAUAGAGAAUUUAAAAUGAGAUAUUUGUUGUGGCAAACUUAAGCAUGUAAAUCAGCACGUCACUUUUGUCUUUGAUAAGUGAAGUUUAUUUCUAAACUAAUUCCGAGAGGAGCACGUGCUUAUGAUUGAUCACGGCUGGUCCUGCAUUAACUAAUGCAUGAUUCACCAAUCAGAUGAUUCCUUACUGUACGUUCACAACGAAAGCGGCGAGAGCGUCAAAGUAACCGGAAGUCAUUCAUUUUCAAUGAAUGGCAGCGAGGAGCAGCGCGGCGCAUCUUCGCCAGUGUGGGUGUCUAGGAGAGUUGAAAUCAAGUCAACUUUAUAGUAAUGAGUUAUGACGCGGUUUGGCGGCAAGCAAUCAAAAUGAAGUCCAACGCUUGAGAGGAGUCCAGAGAACACAAUCCUGUGAACUCUGGUUCCGAUCACAGUUGUUCCCAAUGGUUUGAUUUUUGCAGUAGCCGGAUUUCCAAUUAUUUGCAAUGUUUUCUUACAGGAACACACAUUUAAAAAGUUACUGGCGAGUGAUGUGCAUUAAUGUUAUAUAUCUUUAAAACAGCGUGAAUCUCAUGCGACAUCUCAUUUCUGCUUCAGGAUAUUUCAGACAUAUGGUCACAUUGGAUAAUUAAGUGGAGCAAAGCCACACCACGUGCAACUCAAUCUUCCAUUGUUAAAUGAAUUUGAUAAAAAGUGCGCAACAUUUUCACGCUAGAAAGCAUGUUUUAUGCAGGAAUGUAACUGAUAUGCUGCAACGGCCCCUUUAAAUACGAGAUCAAUGUAGCAAAUUUUGACGCUCUCUCCAUCGGAGCUGAAGGCAGACAGCAUUGUCGCCAGGUCGGCCAGAGCGACAUUUGCCGCUCUCACCACCUUCGGUGUAAACGCAGUUACUCAGUAUAAAUAACCAGUUUCUUACUUUAGCUAGCUUCGCCUAGAAGAAGCGCCCCUUUCAUCCCUACUCCUCCUCCUUUCCCUUUAUAGGGUGGCACGGUGGCUCAGUGGUUAGCACUGUUGCAUCACAGCAAGAACGUCAGUGGUUCAAAUCCUUAACAGGCCAGUUGUCAUUUCUGUGCAGCGUUUACAUGUUCUCCCCAUGCUUGUGUGGGUUUCCUCCGGGUUCUCCAGUUUCCUCCCACAGUCUAAAACAUGUGUCAUAAGUGAAUUGAUCAAUUUAAGUUAGCACUGUAGUCGAGCUCUUAACCUGCAGUAUAUCUUUAUAUAGCAAUUUAUAAUCUGUCAUCAGCUCUAAAUAAGGGGGGAGUUCUCGAGGCCUACCUGUGCUCAAACUCCCUUCUCAGCCUGCAAACGGGAGGGAGUCCCGGGCUUGAGGAUCUUAUGAGCUCAGUGCUCUCUCCCUGGACAGCAUGCCAAACAAGCUUUGUAAUCAAUCAUUAGCCAAGUAUGAACUACUGAACAUAAGCAGAUAUAAACCUGCAGUGUAAUCAAUGUUUUAAAUCAAUAAUGUUUUGAAUAAUGAGCUUAUUUAUUGCAAUGUAAAAUGCCAAAGAGUAUUCUUUUAGCAAAUACUUCAAUCUCAAAAUAGUUUUCAUAUGUUUGCUGAAAGUCAUCUACUAAUAAAUACUGUGUUGUAACUGAA